AUUUGAGGUGAACGUCCCUGAAGUAGAAAUGUCGGUCAAAGUUCGCGUCUAUUGCUGAGUACACUGCGUAAUUUAUAGAGCUUGUACAUUGGCUGACCUUUGGACUUUGACUUUACGUCGUGGUAGCGUGAACUUCAGCUAUGGCGGCGUUGAACAUGUUGGGAAGGGUUCUGGGGUUUACCCUACAGAAUAUACUGCCUGUGAUGGCGGUCCUCCUCUUGGUUACCUUAGUUCUAGCAGCGGUGUAUCUCUGGAAGGAGACUCGUUUCCAGGAGAAAGCUUUGGCUCCCUUUCCGUGUCCCGAGAGGCACUGGCUCCAGGGAACCAUGGACUUAAAGAGGAUUAAGAAGCAUCCGGAACACGUCCUGGAACACAUGACUGAGAUGGUCCAACGGUUCCCGCGAUGUUUCCAACAGUGGAUUGGUCCGUUCCGCGGAGGACUGAUGGUAGUACAUCCAGAACUUGCCAAAGAGGUUCUAAAAACAAUCGAACCGAAGUCCAGGAGCUACGAGUACCUUCGACCAUGGCUAGGUGACGGCCUGCUCCUAAGUAAAGAUGAGAAAUGGAGGCGGAACCGAAGACUGUUGACUCCAGCAUUCCAUUUUGAAAUCCUGCGACCCUACGUCAGAAUUUACAACCAGGCAACGGAUGUGUUCAUGGAAAAGAUGUCCAGAAGUUUCGCCCAGAAGGGUAAAGCCGUGGAGAUCACCAAACACGUGAGUCUGCUGACAUUGGACAUCAUUCUGCAGUGUGCAUUCUCCCACAACAUCGACUGUCAACGUGUUGGAGACAAGCAUCCGUACGUCGGUGCAGUGUACGCCAUGACACAGCUCAUCAUGUCUCGUACAAGAAACCCUUGGAUGAUGCACCUUUGGCCGAUGUACCGACUGACAUCAGAGGGCCGGGAGUUUGUUAAGCUGUACAACCUUGUCCAUCAACAGGCUGAUGACAUCAUUAAAGCAAGGAGACAGGUUCUG